UAAAAUACUCAAGGGCACGGGACUGUCAAUUUUCAUGCGAUAAUCCGUACAAUGAACAUGUAGUCUGGACAAUAAUCUAUUCAUAGCAAUCUUUUAAAAUGAUGAGGAUGCGUGGGGCAUUCCAGCCGAUGCUAAUCACAAUCUUAAGACGGCAGGCCACUGCAACUUCAAUUUCAGUCCGAUGUAUACACGUCAAGACAACACAGGAAGAAAAUAAGAAUUGUCUCGGUUUAGUACCAUAUCGUCAACAGAGUACAGCAACAGAAGCCAGUGUUACAAAGAGAAAACCUUAUUCUCCAUUUCAAAGUACGAGUAACACAGCAGAGUAUGCUGUUGCGAGAAUAGAUGAUCUCAUGAACUGGGCUAGAAAGAGUUCUUUGUGGCCUUUGACCUUUGGUCUCGCAUGCUGUGCUGUUGAGAUGAUGCACUUUGCUGCUCCCAGAUAUGACAUGGAUCGUUUCGGUGUAGUAUUUCGAGCAAGUCCAAGACAAGCUGACUGCAUCAUUGUUGCUGGAACUCUCACAAAUAAGAUGGCUCCUGCUCUAAGGAAGGUGUAUGAUCAGAUGCCUGAACCUCGGUGGGUACUCUCCAUGGGAAGCUGCGCCAAUGGUGGUGGCUACUACCACUACUCCUAUUCUGUGGUGCGAGGGUGUGAUCGGAUUAUACCUGUGGAUAUUUAUGUACCAGGUUGUCCUCCGUCAGCCGAGGCUCUCCUAUAUGGUGUUCUCCAAUUACAAAAAAAGAUUAAGAGAAUGAAGCAGGCACAGAUGUGGUAUAGGAAAUAAACUUUGAUGUGAUCUUUAAUGCACUUUCAUUGUAAAUAGCUGUACAUGGGACUAUCAUGUAUAAGAAAUUGUCUUGCAAACAGUCUCCUUCAAAUUGAUCAGAUUGAACCUAUUUUUCAUAACAGUUUAACAUGCCACUUCAAAAUGGACAUUCUAGUGGAAAGAUUAUUGUGGCUUAGUUCUUAAACCAGAAGGCUGUAGCAAUACAGUUCUUGAGUAUGAAAAUUUCAACUGUGAUCCAUUCAUCAGCAUAUCUGAUAUCUAGAUUAAAAUUUUGUCAACUUUCAAAUAUUUCACAGUUUUUUAGGUUUAAAGUCGUCAAUAUAUUGGAGAUAGGAAGUUUUGUUGCAGUUUCUGAUAUGUACAUUUAUAGUUAGUUGUUUGUGAGUUUGUCAUACUAGUAUAAGCUUGAAUAAAUGAUAUUGUCUG